CAGGAUAUUACCUCUUACCCUAGGGAAAUAAUGAUGGCAAAGCAUACUCUACCCCAUGGAAAGCACUUUUCAGACUGUCAGAUUUUGAAAGAGUAUUCAUUUCAACAAUCUGGAUGUAAUUCAUAAAUAUACUCUUUCAUCAAUCCGCUUCAGGUUAAUCUAUAGAUAAGCUUAUCUGGAUUUAUGACAAUCACAGAAGAACUCUGACUCUGCUAAAACAUCACAAAGAAAGUAUUCUUCAUAGCCAACGCAUAAGCAGAUCUUCACCAGCUCAGUGAAAGCCAGAUAUGUUGUCCCGUGCAAGAAUGAAGACUUUGCAGACUACCUUCUUUUUGUUUGUAUUUGUACCUUUGGUAAAUGCAGCACCAUCAAUACAGCAAGAACCACUCCCGUUUUAUGAGUAUGAUUCAGAUGUUACCAUGGGAAGCCUGAGACAACACGAUUAUGAAAUUCAAUCCAAGGAUAUAAGAAAGGAUGGAACAAAUACUUCUCUUGACAUUUUUCUAAGACUGCAAGGAGAUGACAGCGAAACCAAUGUACAACCAACAAAGGAUACAAAUUUACCUACUUGUCUGCUCUGUGUGUGUCUAAGUGGAUCAGUGUACUGUGAGGAAAUAGACAUCGAAGCUGUACCCCCACUGCCAAAGGAAACAGCAUAUCUUUAUGCACGAUUUAACAAAAUAAAAAGGAUAGCAGCCUCAGAUUUUGCUGACAUUACUACCUUGAGAAGAAUUGAUUUUAGUGGAAAUAGGAUAGAAGAAAUAGAAGAUGGAGCCUUUUCAAAGCUUCUGUUAUUGGAAGAACUUUCUCUUGCUGAAAAUCGACUUCUAAAACUUCCUGUUCUACCUCCCAAACUAACAACAUUUAAUGCAAACCAAAACAGAAUCAAGAGCAGAGGAAUCAAAGCAAAUGCUUUCAAGAAACUGACAAACUUGGCCUACCUCUACUUGGGACAUAAUGCACUGGAAUCUGUUCCCCUUAACUUGCCAGAAAGUCUGCGUAUUCUUCACCUUCAGUACAACAAUAUUACUACAAUCACCGAUGACACGUUCUGCAAAUCUAAUAACACACGUUACAUCCGCACACUCAUGGAUGAGAUAAGGAUGGAAGGCAAUCCAAUCCUCUUGGCAAAGCAUGUUAAUGCUUUUUCCUGCUUGAGAACACUGCCUGUAGGAACAUACUACUAGCCACUACUUACAUGACUGUACAUGCCAAAACUUAAAAGAUCAUUCUUUUUCCUCUGUUUACAUGUUUAUACCCUCUUCCUUACUAAUGCCAUUUUCCCAGGACCUUUUACUACGUUGAAACAUGGUUCUUCUCUUAAAGAACUAUUUCAAAACACUUUAUUUUCUAGUUACAAUGUCACCCAUGCUUUCAGAAUCUCUUCUAUUAAAAACAUAUAUAUAUGCACACACAUACCUUCUCUACUUUUCAUUUCACCAUAUACUCUUUAUGUGUAGGUAAAAUUCACACAAUUAAUUGGUUGGUCACAUUCUUUACCACUACUCUGAGCAAUUACUACAUCUCAUUUCAUUUUCAGAUGAAUGCCAAACACUGAGCAAGCUACAGAAGAAAUCACAACUUAAUUCCAAUGCUACUUUUUUUAAAUCUGAAAUGAAACUUUUCAGUAGACCUUCAAAAGUGUAUUGGAUGAAGUUGCAUACUAAAGGAAGUUAUGUUUAAAAACAGAACUUCUCAAUGCUGAACUUCAUUAAAAGUUCCUUAAAAACUUGGUUUGUGGAAAAUUAAAGUUUCUAAUUAGGCUUAGUGUACCAAGCAACAUAGCAAGUGGAACUUUUCAAAGACGGGUUAAAUGUCCUUUUGUUUUGCUUUCAAAACAACCUGCGUGUGCAUAUAUAUACAUUAUAUUUUUUACACAAGGUAUUUUUAAUUGAAAUAUAUAAUUUUUGCUCAGCUGUCCUCACAAGUCAUUUUUUGCAAUGAGAGCUUCCCAUUUUAAUACAAUAGUCAAAGCACAGCAUAGUAUGACUGCAAGUAUCUUUCUAAUUAACAGAUGAUGCAGACCAAGCUUUGUUCUCCUGCUUUUCCUUGACAAGAAAAUGUGACAAUAUAAUUAACAGCAAAGCUGAAUUAAUGUUCAAUAUUACCUGUAAAUAAGUAAAAUCUUAGCUAGACACCAGUGCAAAGAAACAGAACUACCCUUGUAUAGCUAUAUAUUUGCUCUUUAGGAAAAAAAAUAAAUCAGAUCUUUAAAUUUAAAAGUUCUUUCUAUUUUUAAUCUAAAAAUAAUGUUAACUUCAAGCAUUGUUCCACUCUAAACCAUACAGUGUAUUAAAAAUGCAAACCAGUGUAUGCAGGCCUCAACAGUCAGUUCACCUGAAACAGGACAUACACGAUAAAGGAUACAAUGUUUCUAAUUACACAAUUACACAUUUGACAUUCAUUUUCAGCUUCUCCCCUCAAAUACCUACCACAUGUGUAAACUCUUCAGAUAAACAAAAGCAACAAUUACUAUUACCACAUGAACUUCAUACUAAUUUUGAAGCUAGUAUAGAUUCCUAAUCUGUAGAAAUAGUUAAGCAUCAAAUGCAUGAUGAUAUACCGCUAAUACAGAAUAAUAAUUUCACAAGAUAUUUUUUUAUUAGUUAUGUUUAUCUUGCUUAGCUAACCCUUGAUUUGUUAGUGCUUGUGCUAUGGGAAAUUAAGUGCAUACUUAAUACUGAACAAACCGAUACUCUGCCACUAAGAGUGUUGAGACCUAAGUAGCUUUCAGUCACUUUUUAAGAAAGUAUGUCAAGCCUCAACUGUGGGCUCAUCUUUCUGGUAAGAGAAUGCAAUUAUGAAGUGCAGGACAAAACUAUUUUUGCCCUGAGCCCAUUACCCAAGAUAGACAAAGCAAUGCAAUAUUUUCCAUUUUAAGUUAUUUGAUACAACAAGAAAUUCCAUUUUCUUAAUAUAACUGAGACAACCAAGUGUGACAGUGAAAAUAAUACUUUGUUUUCAAUUUUUACAUCAGAAAAACUUAAAGUUUCCAGGUUUCCGCAAAGGUAAAAAAUAUAACCCUAAAGCAUGUAAAAAUACAUUCCAACUUCAAGCAUAAUUUAUACUAGAAAAAAGCAAGCCACCAAUUCUUCCAUCACUCUUUUGAUAAAUGCCUAAGACAGAUAAAACACAGCCGGAAGUUUAAUACAUAAACAAUGGCCCUUGACCUUCUCCUCAUCACAGAUCUUAUCUACUAAGUAAAGCUCUUUCCAGCAUUAUCAGGAUCAGUAAAUAUCAUCAAAACUUUUCCUAUGAGAACAAUUCUGUGUAUACACAAAUAUAGACACAUUUAUGCAACAUAUACACACAUGUAAACAUUCUAAGACCUAACCACUACCACCACAUUAUUAAUUUUGCCUUAAAACGUUGUAGGUACUUUUUUUAAAUUACCAAGUAUCAACAGUAACACUAAUGAAAGCUCUUAAUAUUUUGUGAGCAAACCAAAGCAGACAACUGCUAUGCCUCUUGCAGGCAAUAACUUAUCUCCUAUGUUUUAAUUUACUUUUCCUACUCAUAGCAAGUUAACUCAAACCAUUAAGUGAGAAGGGCUUCAGUAUGCAGGAGUUUUUACUUUCUGUUUGUGUGACCAGUACUAAUAUCAAGCUGAAUGUACACCAUUCUGUUUUUUUUUCAUCUCUCAUUUCUGUUCAGUAUUUCCAAUAAAACUUGAUUUUUUUUCAUGUUUAUC